AUGCGAAAAUUCCUGUUGCUAGUUUUGGCAGGUGCUAUCGUGAUUGGUUUGUACACCUAUGUUACCCCAAAGCUUUCUCAGCACGGGACAAUACCGUGGCUUCAAGACAUUCGAUUGGCAAUUUCGACAAAUGAAAAUCCGUAUACCAAUAACCUGUCUUCAGUAGAACAAACAAUAUUAAAUGUUACAUCAAACAAGUGCAAACGCGAACUUCUACUAAAAGGUGAACUGUUUAAUUUAUCUAAAACAGACAUAUUAACCGAUUUACCUUUGGAUGUGCUCAAUUCGCACGACUUCCUUCCUGUGAAAAAGGGCGGUUUUUACGAACCUGAAAAUUGUGAACCAUUGACACGUACUGUGAUUAUUAUACCGUAUCGCAACAGAGAGAAGCAUCUGAAAAUUAUCAUCAACAAUCUGCACAGGAUUCUACAGAGGCAGCAGCUGAAAUACGGAAUCUUUGUCAUAGAACUGUCGCUACCCACCACGUUCAACAUAGGAGUCCUCAUGAACAUGGGGUUCUUAUUGGCAAACAAUAUCAGCGAAUAUGAUUGCUUUGUCUUCCAUGACGUCGACCUUAUUCCUCUAGAUGACAGAAUUGCAUACCAUUGCGACGUGUCUCCUAAACACAUGUCCGCAUUCAACACGAAAUACGCGAAGGUGAAUAUUGCCAAGGCUCUUCCUUAUUCCGCCUAUGUGGGCGGGGUUAUCAGCUUACGGGGCGUGGAUUAUAAGAAACUGAACGGGUUUAGUAACGCCUACUUCGGAUGGGGAGGAACGGAUGAUGACAUUGAAAUUAGAGCUAAGGCAGCGAUGAUACCAUUUAAAAGGGAGAACCAGAACAUCGGCAGAUACUACGCCCUUCCCCAUCAAAGAGAUACGCGGUAA